CUAUUAGUGUUUUAUUUUCUUAUAAUCUCUUGUAAACAAGUGUUGCUCUAGUAAUUAUGUCUUUGCCAACCAGGCGUACUAUCAAAAGACGUAAAAAAGAUAAAAAAACCAGCGAAUUUAUAAAAAUUCCUAGAAGUAUAUUCGAGAAAACUUUGGAAGUGAUAAAUGAUUCACAGCAUAUAAUCUGGUCGGACCGGAACAGCGCCUGCUCUAAGCCCAUUCAUCGCAGCUUCGACAAUGAUUUGAAGGGUAUGCGUUCUGAUGAUCUUAGCUCAAAAAUUUCUCUGGCCCGGACAUGCUUACUGCGCCGAGAUGUUAGAAACUUAGGGAAAACACUUUCUGUUAUAAAUCUUUCUGGGAGCCGCGUAGAUUGUAGAUGGUAUCCACUUUGUGUAAAGGAUACUAUGGGACACCCUAUCGAAAGCCUUAGAAAAAUCAGUAUAGACCGUGUCAACCUGAAGCGCUGAUUGGAAAGCAGUUAUGCCGUCAUCUGAAAACACUGCUAAAUUUGAUACCGUUGAGCGGCCCGGUAUAAAGCCAUGGUGCUGCGGACAUAUUGAAUUCUUAGCAGCAGAUAAAAGUUUGACUUGGACAAUGCACUCAAAAAGUUUUGACGUAGCAGAAAACUUUGAAAUGGGUCUGUAGUUGCUGAUAUCGUUUUUGUUACCACUUUUAAAAAUGGGAGCGAUGAACGCUAAUUUCCAAUUGUCUACAAAAGUGCCCGACGAUAAGGAUUUAUUAAAAAUUUCCAAUAAUGGAUACAUUAAAGAUUCACACUGUUUAAACAAAAGUGCAGACGAACCAUCAUCGUCAGUUUGUGAAGAGGGUUUAAGCCGAGCAAUGCCACUAAGCACAUCCUCAGAAAUAAGUGUUAAUUUGCCAAAUUCAAGAGACUGUUGGAUAUCGAAAGAAACGUUCUCAUCGCUAUUGGAAUCUGUUGUGAAAUUGGACUUAAAAAAUUCAGGGAGUAUUAGCAGCAUUGUCACCCAUAAAAAGUGCCGACGGAAUGCUGGAACAAGAUUUUUUCGAAUUAACGAAAUGCCAAAAUGCUUUUGGAUUUGAUUUUAAGUUGGUUUCAAAACUAAGGACAUAGUUUCUAUGCAAAAGUUAUCCAAACAUACGAAUUCAUUGGAGUAUUUUUUAUACAGGCCGAAGUAAACAUUAUUAUUAAUUUUUUUUUGAACUUACGAAGAAACUUGUUUUUCUUAUUUCGUAGUCUCAUUAAAGCCGCAUUCUGCCAUGGCACCUUGUA